AUGGAUAGAAAUCCCUGCGCUGAAGUCAAGAUAAAAUUGCUAGGCAAGCGCAAGAAAGAUGCUAGGACAUACAAUUUACCUGAAGUGUCUGAAGUAGCUGCAUUAAUAGUUGGAGAUCUUGAUACCAGUAUAGGUGAGCGUGACAUUGUCCUUCAAACUAAGGGCGGCCAGCUACAAAGAAUAAGUGAAUUAAACCCUUCCUACUUGCCACUUCAAUACCCAUUGUUGUUUCCAUAUGGUGAAGAUGGUUAUAGGGAAGACAUUGCCUUCUCUAACAUAAAGGGCAACUGUGGUGCUGGCGGAAGACAAAGGAUUAGUCCAAGGGAAUUUUUUUGUUAUCGCUUACAAUCAAGAAAAGAGGUUGUCAGUACAAUACUACAUGCGAAGAGGUUAUUCCAACAAUUUGUUGUUGACGGAUAUACAAUGGUUGAGUCAGGAAGACUCAUCUAUAUAAGGACACACAUAAAAAGCUUACGUUGUGAAUCAUAUAGUGGGUUGACAGAUGCUUUAACUCGGGGUGAAAUAAAUCUAGCAAAUCAGGGGUGUAGGAUAAUUUUACCAUCGAGUUUCACUGGCGGAGCAAGGUACAUGAUACAAAACUACCACGAUGCGAUGGCUAUUUGUAGAUGGAUUGGAUAUCCGGAUUUAUUUAUAACUUUUACCUGCAACCCAAAGUGGCCUGAGGUGCAACGUUUCCUUACUGACCGUAGUUUGAAAGCUGAAGACCGUCCUAACAUAAUUUGCAGGUUGUUUAAGAUGAAGCUCGAUUCCUUGAUAGCCGAUUGUAGAAAGAAGCAACUGUUUGGAUCGGUUGCUGGAGUUAGUGAAGUUGGAGCUUUAGACAAAAUAAUUCCAGCUGAGAUACCUGAUGAAAAUAUGGGUGUAGAAUACUACAAAGCUGUUGAGGAAUUUAUGAUGCAUGGGCCAUGCGGAAAAGCUAGACUGAAUUCUCCGUGUAUGGUGAAAGGAAGAUGUUCCAAACAUUUUCCCAAAAAUUUUUUGGAAUGUUCUACUUUUGAUGAUGAUGGGUAUCCCUUAUAUAGACGUCGAGAAAAUGGAAGGACAAUAACAAAAAAUGGAAUUGUCUUGGACAACAGGUAUGUUGUACCACACAACAGACAUUUAUUGCUUAAAUACAAGGCUCAUAUAAAUGUGGAGUGGUGCAACCAGUCCAGUUCAAUCAAGUACCUUUUCAAAUAUGUCAAUAAGGGACACGACAGGGUAACAACCGAGUUCUACAAAACAAGCAAUGAUUCAGAUGUUGGAAAAUCUGUAGAUGAGAUUAAUAUGUACUAUGACUGUAGGUACAUUUCACCCUGCGAGGCUGUAUGGCGGUUGUUUGGCUUUGAUAUACAACUUAGGGCUCCAUCAGUGGAAAGGUUAAGCUUUCACUUACCCAAUCAACAAAGUGUGAUUUUUUCCGAUGACGAUCCAGUUGACAACAUUGUGAAUAGACCAACUAUAGGACAAAGCAUGUUCUUGGAAUGGUUUGAGGCUAACAAGACAUUUCCAGAGGCAAGAAAGAUGACUUAUGCUGAGAUGCCAACGAAAUUUGUGUGGAAGAAACAACUACGAAAAUGGCAGCCAAGGAAAAAAGGAUUCGCAAUAGGAAGGAUUUUUUACGUCCCACCUGGCACUGGUGAAAUUUUUUAUUUAAGAUGUUUGUUGAAUAAAGUUCGUGGUCUUACAUCUUUUGCUGAUAUAAAGAUUGUGAAUGGUGUGCAAUAUGAUUCAUUCUGCGAUGCGUGCUAUGCUAGAGGCUUAGUUGAUGAUGACAAAGAAUAUAUAGACGCAAUAGAGGAAGCAAGUCAUUGGGCUUCUGGAGAUAAGUUGAGGAGGUUAUUUGUUACACUGUUAAUGACCAGCUGUAUAGGUAAACAUGAAGCUGUUUGGUAUGCCAUGUGGCAACAUUUGUCUGAAGAUGCAGAAUAUCAAGUUUGGAAACAAUUGCAAAAUUCAGAUUCUGAGUUGAAUGACAAUCAGAAGAUGAAUUUUGCGUUGGUUGAGAUUGAAAAAUUGUUAUCAAUAAUGGGAAAGAGUCUUAAGGACUUUCCAGAAAUGCCAGUUGCAGAUUUGGAGUCAUAUAAUUUAAUAUCAAAUAGGUUGAUACAAGAAGAAUUGGUAUAUGAUCGUGUUGCUCAGGAGAAAGAGAAUAACGAUUUGGUUAGUCAACUGACAGAUGAGCAAAAGGUAAUAUACGAGGAGGUGUUAACAGAUAUUGAAAACAAAGCUGGUGGAUUUUUCUUCGUUUAUGGAUAUGGUGGUACUGGUAAGAUCUUCUUGUGGAGAGCACUUUCAUCCGCUUUAAGACGUAAGGGUGAAAUUGUUCUAAAUGUUGCAUCUAGCGGCAUAGCUUCUCUUCUGCUACCAGGUGGUCGGACAGCACAUUCUAGGUUCGCAAUACCUAUAUCUGUUAAUGAAGAUUCCACUUGCAACAUAAGACAAGGCACCCCGUUGGCUGAGCUUAUUAUGCAAAGCAAGUUGAUAAUAUGGGAUGAAGCUCCAAUGAUGCACAAGUUCUGCUUUGAAGCCCUAGACCGAACUAUGCGUGAUUUAUUGCGUUUCACAAAUCCAAGAAGCUGUGAAAUGACAUUUGGUGGUAAAACAGUUGUUUUGGGUGGCGAUUUUAGACAAAUUCUUCCGGUUAUUCCAAAGGGCACAAGGCAAGAUAUUGUUGGAUCGAGCAUAAAUUCAUCAUACCUUUGGAGAUCAUGCAAAGUAUUUAGGCUAACAAAAAAUUUACGCCUAAGACGUGUAAAAUCGCAAAUAGAGGCCAAAGAGAUUGAAGAGUUUGCAAACUGGAUAGCAGAUAUAGGUGACGAGAAAAUUGGAAAUUCAACGGAUGGUGACGCAGAGUUAACAAUUCCAGAUAAGUUUCUACUUAAAUGUGAUGGUGAUACUAUUUCUACAAUUGUUGAUAGCAUUUUCCCGUUGUUUAGAAGCGCUAAUGGUGAUUUAUCAUACCUUGAGGAUAGUGCCAUAUUGGCACUAACAUUGGAUAUGGUAGAUAUCAUUAACCAAUACACGAAUGAUCAAAAUCCAAGUGAAGCUAGGACUUAUUUGAGUUGUGAUUCAGUUUGCAAGUAA